AUGACGGUUGUUGGGGAAGAUGACGGCGCUCGCGCUGACGAGGGUGCCUAUCGCAGGAGGAAGGACCAUGAGGAGGACCUUCUGUUUGGACUCGAAGGAAGGGUAGUAGCAGGAGACGGUGUUGGAGUCGAGGAGGCCGACGAUGGCGAAGACCAGGACGGAGAGGGCGGCGUGGACGAAGUCUCCAAGGCGGAGCCUGUAAUUGGAGAGGUCUGUAGUGGAGGAUUUCGGAUCCCAGAAGGGCCAGAGUCCCUUGCCCGUCACGAUGCCGUAGUAGACCUUGCCGUCUGCAUCAGUAUAGCUGUCGGUGAAGCAGGAGAAGGCGCAGGAGAAGCCGCAGAUGCCGAGGAGGACGCCGCUGAGGACCUUGUUGACAACGCUGCAGUGACCGUUGUCCGUCAACACCCUAUAGAGGAACUGGAAGAGGAAGACGGUUCCGGUGGGGAGGAGCCUGAUGAGGUCGCCCAGCCCUUGGAAGGCCUUACUCCCCAGAGUCUGCGCCAUGCCUCUGAUACACAAUCUCUCUCUCUCUCUCUCUCUCUCUCUCUCUCUCUCUCUCUCUCUCUCUCUCUCUCUCUCUCUCUCUUCCCCUCCCCCACUUCCUCUCUCUCCCACAAGACGCACGACAGCUCCCCGCCCUCAACAACUUAAGACUCGGUAUAACAUCAGGCACAAGAGGGUUCAUUCGGGUGGGUUUUCUCAGAUGACGUCUAUUUGGUUUGUACAGUCCGCAAACAAGCCGCGACGAACUUAUCAAACCACGUGGCUUUCCCGAGUCAAUUCAAACCUCGUGGCUUUCCGAGUCAAGCUUUAUCCCAAGCCAGACCAGCUUGAAGUGA